GCCGAGGCCGCCGACGACGCGAGAGUUCCGAUCACGAUUCUGACUGGCUUCUUGGGGAGCGGCAAGACGACGCUGCUCAACCACAUCCUCUCUGCGACGCAUGGAAAGAAGAUUGCCAUCGUCGAGAAUGAGUUUGGCGACACCUCCAUCGACGACAAGCUCAUCCAGAAGAACGCCCACUUUCGGGACGAGGAGAUUGUCGAGGUCCUGAACGGCUGCAUCUGCUGCACGGUGCGGCAGGACCUCAUCAAGAUCCUGCAGAAGCUCUACCGCCGCGUCACGUCGGGCGAGUUGCACUUGGAUGGGAUCAUCAUCGAGACGACCGGCAUGGCUGACCCGGCGCCUGUCGCGCAAACCUUCCUCAAGCACGAGAGGAUCCGGGCCUUUGCGCGCCUCGACGGGAUCGUGACCCUCGUCGACGCGAAGCACGUCGAGCGGCACCUCGACGCCGUGAAGCCGGAGGGGGUCGUCAACGAGGCGGUGGCGCAGGUCGCCUUCGCCGACCGGCUGCUGCUCAACAAGACGGACCUCGUCACGGAGGAGGACCUCGUCCGCAUCGAGGCGCGGCUGAGAGGCAUCAACGGCUUCGCGCCGAUCCAGAGGCGCGAGGGACACUUCCGAGACACUUCUGUAGGUGAGCCCGGGGCUGCUCGACGCAAAGGGGGGGGAGACGAAGCACGACGCGAGCGUCACCAGCGUGAGCCUCGAUCAGGGCGCCGCGCGACACAUGCGCACGGUGCGCGGCACUCUGCGAGCCACUUGUGGACGCCACUGCCGCCUCCGAGCCACCUCCACUCGUUCGCUCCCUCCCCCGCCGCUCACGUGCACAAGGGCGAGCUCGACCACGGCCUGGUCAAGGGCUGGAUCUCGAGGCUGCUCAAGGAGAGGGGGGGCGACAUGUACCGGAUGAAGGGCGUGCUCCACCUCGCGCACGCCGAGCAGCGCUUCGUCUACCACGCCGUCCACAUGACCUUCAGCGGCAGCUUUGACGAGCCCUGGCGCGAGGGCGACGAUGAGCCGCGCGAGAGCAAGAUGGUCUUCAUCGGCAAGAACCUGGACGGCGAGGAGCUGGCCGCCUCCUUCAACCGAUGCCUC